AUGAAUGUGUUUCGUCUGGCUGGUGACGUGUCGCAUCUGUUGGCAAUUAUUAUUCUGUUAAUUAAGAUAUGGAAAUCCAGAUCAUGUGCAGGCAUUUCUGGGAAGUCUCAGGUGUUGUUUGCUCUUGUCUUCACCACCAGAUACCUGGACUUAUUCACCAUCUUCAUUUCUCCUUACAACACAGUCAUGAAGGUGGUGUUUUUGGCGCUGUCAUACGCUACUGUGUACAUGAUCUACAUGCGCUUCAGGAACACUUUUGACUCUGAGAACGACUCAUUCCGUGUGGAAUUCCUGUUGGUGCCCGCUGUGUGUCUGUCCUUACUUAAGAACUACAAGUUCACUCCUGUGGAGGUGCUUUGGACCUUCUCCAUCUUCCUGGAGUCUGUGGCCAUAUUGCCACAGCUCUUCAUGAUCACCAAGACGGGCGAGGCUGAAUCCAUCACCACCCACUACUUGUUCUUCCUUGGCAUGUACAGAGCCCUGUACAUCGCCAAUUGGCUCUGGCGCUACCACACAGAGGGCUUCUUUGAUCAAAUUGCUGUGGUGGCUGGUGUUGUGCAGACUAUUUUCUACUGUGACUUCUUCUACCUUUAUGUCACAAAAGUGCUAAGAGAAAGAGGAAAAAUGACCCUGCCGAUUCCAGUGUAG